AUGGCGUCCGCAAAGCGAGGGCCAUCGGUUCUUGUGACCGACUCGCGAGAACGCCCACCGCCCCGCGGCGCCCUUCAGCGCCAGAACACGGGCAUCGGCGCCGUCCAAGGCCGCCCGGCCAUGCGCUUCAUCUCCGUCGACAACGUCCUUUACCAUGCCUCCGAGAUCCCCUCAGGCCAGCCCCGUGUGGCGCCGCCUGCACCUCAACGACCCGGCGCUGUCGGCACCUCUGCCAGCGUAGCAGGAUCCCGCCGCGUCAGUGCCGGCCCUGGCGGUGGCGGCAGCAGCGGCCUCCCGAACCUGCAGUCCCGAACCGGCCAGCAAAAUAUGCCGUCGCGCACGACGAAAAUCAGCGAGAAGCUCGUCUUGCUACCCGAGACCGACGACAAGCCAGGCUCCGAUGAGGAUCUCGACGAGGAGGCGAGCUGGAUGGCGCGGCAGAUGGAGGAAGAGGAGAACCGCCCCCUGCGCGACGAAGAGCUCGACGUGCUCCGCAAACGGGGCGGCAUCCGCGGCAAGUCGUACGCGGAGCGUCUGCCCAAAGUGCAGCGCAAGGAGAAGCUGGCCCGCUUGACGGCUUACUGCACCGCACAGUCGUAUAAGAUGCAGUCCACAGCCGAGUUCCUCCGCAAGAAGCACGAGGCCAAGACGAAGCUCUACGACGACUGCCUCUACGUGAUCUACUCGCUGCCGCUGCUCAACGGCAACGAGGGCUACCGCGUGCGCAGCCGGCCCAUCGUCAAGACUCCCGGCAGCGGCAAGACAGUGCUCGACUUGGAGAUUGAGCGGAGCGAGCAGCGGGACCAUCACGAAGGCUACUUUGACGAAUUUGCAUACUCGGGUAGCCCCGUGAACGGAAACGGCACAUACGAUGACUCGCUGCGGCACCGCGAGCAGAGUCCCGACGACGGGAGCGCGUCGCCCUUCGCGCGGCUAGCGCCCGACGCGAAGAACUUUGCGGAGGUGUUCUUAUUCUCCUAUGGCGUCGUGGUGUUUUGGAACUUCACAGAGUACCAGGAGAAGGACAUCCUGGCCGAUUUGACAUUUGCGCAGAACGAGAACGGAUUGUCCCUGAUCACGAGGCCCCUCGACGAGGAUGACUUUGAGACGGAGGAGUUCCACUUUGAGUACAGCGCCGACGUGAAGAGGCCGCGCAUCUUCAACGACAUGAUUACACUGCUGCCGCGGGGCGACCACAUGGUGAAGCUGACCAUCAGCCACGCCAUCGCGCAAAGCACCAAGCUGUGUCUUUUCGAGGAGCGCAUGAGCGAGACCAUGCUGGACGCGCAGCACGUGCCCAAACGACUUGCCCUCACAGGCGAGCUCAACAUGACGAGAACGGAAAUCGUCAAGAUUCUGGGACGCCUGUUCAAGUCUCGUGUCGACAUCAAUCUCUCAUCAAACAUUCUUGACGUGCCCAACUUCUUCUGGGACUCGGAACCGACUCUGCACCCGCUCUACGUCGCCAUCCGCGAGUACCUCGAGAUCGACCCGCGCAUCAAGGUCCUCAACGAACGGUGCCGCGUGUUCCUCGAUCUCGCCGAGAUCCUCGCCGACUCCGUCGCCGACGCCAAGAUGAGCUACAUCACCUGGAUCAUCAUCGUCCUCAUCGUCAUCUCCAUCCUCGUCACCGUCACCGAGGUAGGCCUCCGCUUCGGCAUCCUGUCAAAGAACAACGGCAAGGGCGGCGAAAAGGCGGACCUUGUCGCCGUGCCCUUGAUCGGCGCCGGGAGCGGACAGCAGCAGAUGCAGCUGCCCGGUAGUGUCAAGUGGGAGCUGGAAAAGAGGAAUGUCAGUGUCGAGGAGGUGCGCCUGUGGAGCCGGAUGCUGUGCGAAGAGGAGGGCGAGGGGGCGAAGUGCGGCGGUCAGAUCGUUGGCGAGACGUAUGCUGGAGUCUGA